UUUUCUGGCAGUCCCCAUCGACGGUAUAAAGGUCCACCGGCCGGCUGUAUCACCAAACCAUCGAUCGAUCCCUUAAUUAGCUCCUAAUAUGCUUGUUGGUCACCUCGUUACUUUUUUACUUGCUUGGUUCCAAAUGAACGAGGUGAACUACAACCCUUCUAAUUAAGGCUUCUCUAUUAGAAUAGCAGAGCAACUGCCCCACCACCAUUGCUGUACCAGACAUCAAUUAGUAGGAGAAGAUGACUUCUUAGGCGUAUAUAGAGGCGCAGCAGACUCUGCACCGUACGUUCCCUCCGCAUUUCUCGCAUCCGAGACUGUACCGAAUUAUCGGUCCCCUCUCACAGCAGAGCUUUAGCUACCGCAUUGCUCACGGUCUUCGGCCGAAAUGGGGAGGCAUUCCUGCUGCUACAAGCAAAAGCUAAGGAAAGGCCUGUGGUCUCCCGAGGAGGAUGAGAAGCUCAUCAAUCAUAUUACCAAGUACGGGCACGGCUGUUGGAGCUCUGUCCCUAAACUCGCAGGACUCCAGCGGUGUGGAAAGAGCUGCAGGUUGAGGUGGAUAAACUACCUGAGGCCCGACCUCAAGAGAGGCACAUUUUCAGAGCAAGAGGAGAAGCUCAUAGUCGAGCUCCAUGCAGUUCUUGGAAACAGGUGGUCGCAGAUCGCAGCGCAGCUGCCAGGAAGGACGGAUAACGAGAUAAAGAACCUGUGGAAUUCGUGCAUUAAGAAGAAGCUGAGGCAGAGAGGCAUCGACCCCAACACCCACAAGCCCCUUGCCGAGACCGAAGGCAGCAACGGCGAGGACGGAGCCCCCACCAAUAGCGACAAGACCGGCGGCUCUGCCGACCGCAAUUGCCUCUCCGUCUCCGCCAAAUGCUCGCCGGUCGAGCUGGAAAAGAACUCGAUGGCCGCCCCCACCAAAGAAUUCUUCCUCGACCGGCUCGUCGGCAGCCCCUCGGGUGACGGCCGCCCCUCCAGUAAUACACUGGGCUAUUUCUCUCUCCCCCAGCUGAGCUACGGCCCUGACUAUGCUUCUUCGCCUACUCCACUCCCGUGGUUCAGCCAGAGCGGUAGGCAUUUUGACACGAAUCCCGAGUUCAAUUACAGCGCAAUCUCCACCAUCAUCCCCUCUGUUCCAACCUCAAUCGUCUCUACUUCGAUGGGUCUAAAUCUCCCAUCACCUGGCUGCACCGGGAUUGGUGGCGUUCCGUACUGGGAAGCCGGUAAUCCCAGCAGCAGCACCAGUGGGAGUAGCAGCGGUAAUAAUGCUAAUAAUAAUAAUAACAAUAACAGCAAUAGUAGCAGCUAUGGCCGAUUUGAGAUGCAGAGCAGCGGCUCCUUCUAUGAAGGUGGCGGCUUCUUGCCAUGGUUGGAUUUAGCUGCGGAGAGAGAUGCUAGCCAUGAUGUCCAAAUAGCAGAUGAGCCGGAGGACCUCAAAUGGUCCGAGUACCUACACGGUUCGUUCCCCAUCAACCAGACCCAUUCUCUAUUUGACGACAUAAAAGCAGAGGAAACCCAAUUCGCGUUCGAUGGGUUGACUGGUUGGCACCAGAAUCAGCAGCCGCCACAGCAGCAGCAUUUGUCAGCUGCGGACAUGUAUGGCAAGGAUUUGCAAAAAGUUUCCCUGGCUUUUGAACAACUUUAGAUUGGUAUACAAGAGAUAUGAGCUUAUCAACAGUACUUGGUGUAAAAAGCAUGCAAAUUUCGGCUUAAAAUCAUCAUAUUCUAAUUGGCAAAGGCUUUAGAAAGGAAGUUUUCAAACGGGUCUGUGCCCCAUAGAAAGGAAGUUUUCUCUUUAUGUACAUAAUCAUGCCGAUACGGAAGACCCAGUUGCUACUCAUCGCUGAACACUACCUGUGCAGAAUGUUUUCGAGCAGCCCAUCUUUACGUCCGGGGGGGCAGGCACUAAACGCAGAAUAAAAUUGGGCCUGGUGUAUUUUUUUUUUUUAUUUGUCCUUUAUAUUUGUUGUGUUGCAAAGUUAGGAAUUGUUGUCCUCUAGCGUAAACAAUCAUAUUCCCUGCUUUGGGCUUUUUUGCAUUA